AACUCCACCAACCCACUGCUGUAUCCGCUGGCUGUGCUGUCGGCGGCCAUCUUAGCGGGCAAUUUUGUUGAUUGAAGCACAGUAUCGAGCAAUCACCUUGCAUUUGGGGGAUCAGAAUUGUCCAGGAUUUCUGUUUUUUUUAUGGUUUUCUGCACACAGUAUAGAUAUUUGCUUAAGAUAUAAAGUCAAGGAGUAAACUGUAUUUAACAGAUUCUAAUGAAUACAUUUUUAAUGCAGGAUCUGUUUGACCACCAUUAACUUACUUAAAAUUCUUAAAAUAUAUCAUACGAAAAUUAAACUAAGAAAAGUAAAUAAAAAACAUGAUUUUAUUUGAUAGAUUGUGUUUAAUCUUUAUCAAUUUACUUAUUAAAAACUAAAGGAAAAAACUGUUUUUAACACACUGUGUGCAAAUUAACCAACUUCAAAAACAGGGUUUGUUUAUUCAAUAUAGGGUACCAGUAUAUUGCAAGAGAUUACACAGUAUUCCUGGAUUUUGGGAAAUCAGAUCCAGUACUGUAUAACACAAUGACUUCACAUUCAUUAUCUCACAAUCAUUGUUCAGCAAUUAAUUGCUCCAAUCGUCAAUCCAAGCGACCUGAUUUAUCUUUCUUCAGAUUCCCAAAGAAUAAAGAGAGGUGCCAACGAUGGGUUCAGAAUACUUGUAGAGAUGAUAUUCUCGACAAAAGUCCUCUUUAUCUUAAUAACAAUUGUCACAUAUGUGCUGACCACUUUGAAGAUGAUCAGUUUUCAAACAAAGUAACAAAGAACAGAUUGAAAUGGAAUGCUGUACCAACACUUUUCAAUAUACCAGACUAUUCUCUAAAGACCUCGUUAACUUCUCACAAGGCCACGAAGAGAAAAAGAAACAAUGAUUCCACUCAAUUUGCCUUAAAACAACAAACAGAGAUCCCUUCUCCACUUAUUGACCACCCAUAUUGCAAGCCAAACACAGAAGACAGUUGUAACAGCAAUGUUAGCAACUGCUACAGACAAAAGACUCCAGCAUCAUCUUCAAACAAUGAAGUAUCACAGAAAGAAGAGGAACAAUUUAAAAGAGAACAGCCUCAAACAUUCCAAAUGAAUAUGGAAGUAAAUCAACACCAGAUCGUUAGUGACCUUCAUGUGAAUCAUUCCAACAUUAACUCCCACCUGGUUAAACCACUGAAAGACAACAACACUCCAAGACUUCAUAUUCCGCCUUUGCUAAGACUGUCAGAGACCCCAUUUGAUCUGAAUAAACAAGGAGAUUCUGGUUUUCAAUCACCAGCUCAGAUUAAACAGGAACCUUGUGAAGAAGAGGCACCAUUACACCAACACUUUGCACCAAAUCUGUUACCAGCUGAUAACCAUUUUGUUACCAUAAAACCAAGCACCAACCAAAUAUCAUCUUCAGGUCUUUUAUCAUCUGAACUCACACCUUAUUCUGAAAGUGAACCAGCACAGAAAGAUUUUGUCAAUCAUUCCACCAGUCUCUCAGUUCUUGAAGAAAAAAACAUCAAAAUCCAUAAUGUUUUCUCAGUACCAAUAGAUUUCUCUAGAAAGACAGAAGAUAAGAAACAUGUACCAAUCAGCUGCAACUGCCUGAAGACAUUGGUGUCUUUAGUGUCAUGUCCAACAUGCCAAGCAGAAGUAAACCCUCAAGAAACAAUUCAAGGCUUCAAAACUGGAACAUUGAUUUCUUUGAACCUUUUCUGUUACAAUGGUCACAGUAUACAACCUCAGUAGCAAGGUUUCAGCAACAGCCAGAAUCACUGACAACUCUUCUGACAUUUAUUUUUACAAUCAUAAGCAAAAUAUUUGGCAGAAAGAAAGCCAUUAUUAGCAGUUCGGCAAGAGAGACGGCGAGCUGGCAGAAACGUUAGCACGCCAGGCAAAAUGCUUAGCGGUAUUUCGUCUGCCGUUACGUUCCAAGUUCAAAUUCCGCCGAGGUCGACUUUGCCUUUCAUCCUUUCGGGGUCAAUAAAUUAAGUACCAGUUACAUAUUGGAGUCAAUGUAAUCGAAUUAAUCCCUUUGUCUGUCCUUGUUUGUCCCCUCUAUGUUUAGCCCCUUGUGGGCAAUAAAGAAAUAAGAGAGACCGAUAGAAUAAGUACUAGGCUUACAAAGAAUAAGUCCUGGAGUGGAUUUGCUUGACUAAAGGCAGUACUCCAACAUGGCUGCAGUCAAAAUGACUGAAACAAGUAAAGGCCAAACCCUAGCUUUGUCGAGAAAGGGAAGUCAGCUAUUAUUGACCCCAGUACUUGGCUGGUACUUUAUAUAAUCAACCCUGGAAGAAUGAAAUGUAAAAUUGCCUUCAGUGUAUUUGAGUUCAAAAUCUAAAGAACCAGCAUUUUAUCCAGUGUUCCAAUGGUUUUGGUGAUUCCAACCCUCUAUCAUCAUUUUUCAGAAAUAAAUAUUGAAAAUCAAAGAAAACAGUUGGGAAAUAAGUUAUAAAUUGAAAGAUUUUAAUGCAAUUUGAUAUUUUUUUUCUUAAAGUAACAAAGAGAAAUAAUUUGAAAAUAAUAAAAGAGAAGCCAUUGCUGGUUUCAGAAAGGCAUAGAUACCAUCCAAUCUCAUUUCCUCUCCCCUGUGUAUCUGAAGUCCUGCAGCUAUGUAAGAAAUCCAUCAAUAUAUGAUAAAAAGAAUUAUAUAAUAAGAUAUGAAAUAUGAUAAUAAAAUUUAUUUUUGAUAUUGUUUACAUGAGUUAAAUAUUACUUAACAAAGUUUUGGGGUAGUUUUAUAAUCAUCAAAGAAAUAUACUGACCAAAUAGGUAAUGUUUAACACUUCUGGCACUUUCGGGUUAUCAGUUCAAAUAAUUGCUUGUACCUCUGGGCCAGGUAUUUAAACUCUUCCUGUUUAAAACUUACUCAUCCAAUUAAUUAGUCUGUGUUAAUUAUCAUGCAUUAAGAGAGGAGAUUUUAUUAGUAAAUGUUAUAUUAGUGAUACAAGCACUAAUUUGAGACAGAAAAAGAUUUCAUUUCUAGGCCUAUUAGAUAGCUAUUACUAGCAGAAAGAGCCAGUGAAAAAAAACAGAGCAGACAGGUUCACUGAUAGCACUUGACUGAUAUUCUAGUUUAUCAAACCUGAAAGGAUGACAAAUUUAGAUUGACCUCAGCAGAAUUCAAACUCAGAAUAUAAAGAAUUGGAGCAAAUGCCACAAAGUAUUUUGUCUGAUGAUGAUUCUAUCAAGCUACCUCCAUUCAAUCAAUGGACAUUGAAAUUCAAGGUAAGCAGUUUGGAAACAAGAUACAACUCAAACCAUGCACCAAUUAGGUUUGUGGUUCUAGUUCCACUUUAAGACUAUUAGAGUUUACUUUUAAUUAUGUUUCAAAUUGAUGUUUAUAAUGUUUGAUAAUGUGAAGGUGCAUGGCCUAGUGGUUAGGAUGUAGCAUUCAUGAUCUUAUGAUCAUGGUUUCUAUUCCUGAACUGGCAAUGUGUUGUGUCCUUGAGCAGAACACUUAACUUCACAUUGCCAUAAAUGAGUUCACUCAGCCAUAAAUGAGAUCCACCAACAGCUGGGGAGUUGACCCUGUGACAGGUCGGUGUACCAUUUAGCAGGGAGUGUUGCAACCUCAGUCGUUUAUGCAAAACUAGGUUAAGAUCUAACUCAGGCAUGGGUGGCCUUUUCCAAGAAGCAGCAACACAAGACAUGGUUAAUCAUUAGAGAGGCCACACUACUGAAAAAAAUUUAGGGUAAUUUUCUUUUAUCAAGCUGCCGUUUGCCCAUGACUGAUAAUGCCCUUAUGAGCCUUGGGGCACAUGACAGACCUACUGCUACACAACAUUCAAUGAUAUUGAUUUCAAAAUUUGGCACAAGGCCAGCAAUUUCUGGGGAGGGGGGAUAAAUCGAUUACAUUAACCUCAGUGCACAACUGGUACUUAUUUUAUCGACCUUGAAAAGAUGACAGGCAAAGUUGAACUUGGCAGAAUUUGAACUCAAAACAUAAAGACAAACGAAAUGUCACUAAGUUUUUUUGCUCAGCAUGCUAACGAUUCUGCCAGCUCACCUCCUUUUAUUCAACCAUCAUCAUCAUCAUGUAACAUCUGUUGUCCAUGCUGGCAUGGGUUGUGCAAUAUUAUUAUUAUUAUUAUUAAAAAGGUGGUGAGCUGGCAGAAUCAUUAGCACACCAGGCAAGAUACUUAGUGGCAUUUUAUCCAUAUCUAUGUUCUGAGUUCAAAUUCCUCCAAGCUCAACUUUGCCAUUUACCCUUUCAGGGUCAAUAAAAUAAGUACCAGUUAGACACUGGGGUCACUGUA